UCUAGCGAGUCGCCUGGCGAAUUUUUGUCCAUUUCGAAUCAAGUUCUGACUAUGUCUGGAAGUUUGGAACUUGUGCAAACUCUGGAAGGUCACGAAGACAGGGUCUGGUCAGUUUGCUGGAAUCCCUCAGGAACUUUAUUGGCGAGCUGUGGAGGAGAUAAAACAAUUCGUCUCUGGGGUAAAGAGGGAGAUAAAUGGGUUUGUAAAACAGUGCUUGAAGAUGGACAUCAACGGACCAUCAGAGCAGUGGAUUGGUCACCUAAUGGGAUGUACCUUGCUUCUGCCAGCUUUGAUGCAACUAUCUGUAUUUGGGACAAAAACAGUGGAGGUCUUGUUUUGAUACUUUGGAAGGCCAUGAGGCAACAGUAUGGGCCAUUAGUUUUAACCAGACUGGAGACAGGCUAGUUUCAUGCAGUGAUGACAAAACACUAAGAAUAUGGCAGAGUUAUGAACCAGGGAAUCAAGAAGGUGUUGUCACAAAUGGAAGCGAUCCAAAAUGGAAGAGUGUUUGUGUGUUAUCUGGUUAUCAUGACCGAACUAUUUAUGAUGUUCACUGGUCUCCUGUUGAAGAUGUCCUAGCAACAGCAGGGGGGGAUGAUUGUAUUAGAGUAUUUCAACAGGAUGUUACUGUUAAGGACAAGAAUAAACCUACAUUCCAGCAAGUAGCAAUUCAGCGAAAGGCGCAUUCCCAGGAUGUUAAUGGUGUUAAAUGGCAUCCAAAGAAGCCAGGUCUCUUAGCAUCAUGUUCUGAUGAUUGUUCUAUCAAGAUCUGGAAAUUCUCAGAAUACUGACAUACAGCCCUGUCCCCUCCCUGGUAGCAUCUAUGCUCAUUUCAACAUCUACCCUGUGUAGAAUACAACUUGUAGAUUGGUGAUGAGCAAAGCUUUCCACUGGUUGGAGAAAAACAGUCUUGCAACAGAAGUGGAAAUAUGUGCUGUCUGUUACCAACAGAAACAGAACAUGCUCACAGACUUUACAAUUAUAAGAUUGUCAGUUGAGGUGAUUUGCAAAAUUUGGAUCAAUAUUAAGGAAUUAAUAUAAACAACUUCUGCUACAGCUUUGUAAGGAAAAAUAAUACUGUCAACUCUCUAUCAAGGGCUAACUCUUAAGCAACAACUGUACACUAUACAACUGUUUACUGAUUUAAAUAUCUCAACAUGGAACACAUUUCUAAGAGCACAGUUGCCUUUGCAAUAAACAAGAAUGAAUCUACAAUUGGUGGA